AUGGCCCGGGGUUCGGGCCUCGCGCUGCCGUCGCCCCCGCUGCCGCUGCUGCUGCUGCUCCUGGUGGCGGCGAUCGGCCCGUCGGCCGCAAAGGACAACUGCACGUGCGCCACCAAUAAGAUGACCCUGUGCCGCGCGGACGGCCCCGGCGGCCGCUGCCAGUGCCGCGUGCUCGGUUUGGACUUCCCGGUGGACUGCUCCACGCUGACCUCCAAGUGCCUGCUGCUCAAGGCGCGCAUGAGGGCCCCCAAGAGCGGCCGCGCACUCGUGCGACCCAGCGAGCACGCGCUCUUGGACAACGACGGCCUGUACGACCCCGACUGCGACCACGAGGGCCGCUUCAAGGCCCGCCAGUGCAACCAGACGUCGGUGUGCUGGUGCGUGAACUCGGUGGGCGUGCGCCGCACCGACAAGGGCGACCUGAGCCUGCGCUGCGACGAGCUGGUGCGCACCCACCACAUCCUCAUCGACCUGCGCCACCGCCCGGCCGCCCACGCCUUCAACCACUCGGACUUGGAUGCCGAGCUGCGGCGGCUCUUCCGCGAGCGCUACCGGCUGCACCCCCGGUUCGUGGCGGCCGUGCACUACGAGCGGCCCACCAUCCAGAUCGAGCUGCGGCAGAACGCCACCGAGAAGGGCCCCGGCGACGUGGACAUCGCGGACGCCGCCUAUUACUUCGAGAGGGACGUCAAGGGCGAGUCGCUGUUCCCCGGCCCCGGCGGCCUCGACGUGCGCGUGCGCGGCGAGCCGCUGCUGGUGGAGCGCACGCUCAUCUACUACCUGGACGAGAAGCCCCCCCAGUUCUCCAUGAAGCGCCUCACGGCCGGCCUCAUCGCCGUCAUCGUGGUGGUCGUGGUGGCCCUCGUCGCCGGCGUGGCCGUCCUGGUGAUCACCAACUGGAGGAAGUCGGGGAAGUACAGGAAGGUGGAGGUCAAGGAGCUGGGGGAGCUGAGAAAGGAGCCGAGCUUGUAG